GGACAGAUUCCUCAGACACACAGACUUCACCUGCCGUUCCCAUCAGUACCGUCCGGAGCGGAGAAGUAGCCGACACAAACACAGACGCCACAGAACAAGAACAAGAUCGAGAACGUGCUCUUACAGUCAGAGUCGGUCCUUCUCGUCUGUAUCCUGUAUGCUCCUGCUCGAACGGGGGCAGCCUGUGGUGCGUGGGGGAGCCGUACCAGUGUCUCCACCUCCAUCAUGGGGCAUCGGUCCUGGAAAUGCCCAGGUUCCCUGCAGCUCCAGCAGAAUGGCCCAGACUCCACGUCCACACCCGUGGCAGCGGAUUCACCAGCCUGUGGGGGAGAGUGGAGUGGAUUAGGAGAAGCCAGCAGGAUGAACGGCCCAUGGAACUGGGGAACCAGUUUUGGGACAGGAAUUCCCCAUUUCCGGGGAACAUGAACAGGAUGAGGAGAUGGAGAGGGGGUGAGAGGAGAGUGAGAGAGAGAGAGAGAGAGAGAGGAGGGCUCGCCAGCUCCCGAAUACACCACCAAAUGGUCCUCAGCCAGCUGGAUUGCCUCCGUCAGCGAUGCUGGGUGAUGGCACUAGACCCACUCUGCCGUCCCUUUCGGUAGCCUGCUGACGAACUGUUCCAGUACCACAAGAUCAAUAACAGCUCCGGCAUCACGAUCCUCUGCUAGUACCUACCUUCGACAGGCAUCACGGAGAUGUUGGCAAAAGGCUAAUGGACGACCACAUUCGCUGAACGGCAGGGUACGGAAGCGUUGCCGGUGUUGCUCCGGAUUGCAGCCGACCCGCUACAGGAUGGCCCACUUUAGGUCUGCGUACUCCAGGAUACUUGCGACUGGCAGUUGUUGGGCCGCAAGCUGUGCUUGGUCAGACAGCAAGGGCAGCAAGAAGUAUUAAAGAUAUUUAAAUAUCCUUUUAGAUUCUGGUUCAGAACAAACAUUUCUUUUGGUUUCUUCAUUUAUAAGACCCUAUAUGUUUCAGUCUCAGAGAUAUGGGGAUUGUUGAAUUUGACCCAUUUUCAAUGGUCGAAAACCAAAUGUGGGUCACUUUGUAUAAAGCUGAUACUUAUUUUAUUGAAAGAGGAAUGUCUGAAGAACAAAUAAUGCUGAAAAAAGCCCUCCAAAAAGGCCAGAUACCUGCCCCAUCUCCUGAUGAACAUAUCCAUGUUGCCUAGUCUUCUUAUGACAACUCUUCCCAAGCUGCCACCCUGCCCAUCUCCUCACACCACUCACGAAACGAGGGGGCUCCAGCUGACUUCCAUCCUCUUAGGAUAACCUGUCUGCCCACCAUAACACCAGCCAGGAUCCAACUCUUCAUGUACUUGUCUCCUACAUCGAUGACCGCCCCGUCACCCAAAAUACAGAGCCUGGGGCAAAAGGAGAUCCGAGUACCCAAUAUGGUGGCCAUAAAAUUCUGGACCUUCAACCAGAACUCCUGUAUCUUACGACACCCCAAAAAAACAUGGGUGGUGUCUCCAUCUUCUAAAUGGCAUCGCCAGCAGCGGAGUAACAGUCGUGUGCGAGCGUGGACUAUUAAAGAUGAUGAGGAGGGUCAUCUGAUCUAUCGGUCAGGUGACCUGCUGCAAGACAGAUAUGAGAUUGUGGGAACACUUGGAGAAGGAACCUUUGGGAAAGUUGUGGAAUGUAUCGACCGUCACAGGAGUGGCUCUCGCAUCGCUCUGAAGAUUAUUAAGAAUGUGGAGAAAUACAGAGAAUCAGCUCGACUGGAGAUCAACGUUCUGGAGAAAAUCAACCAGAAAGAUCCAGAAAAUAAUAAUUUGUGUGUGCAGAUGUUUGAUUGGUUCGACUAUCAUGGUCACAUGUGUCUCAGUUUUGAGCUGUUGGCUCUCAGCACGUUUGACUUCAUGAAGGAGAAUAAUUACUUGCCGUACACAAUCUGUCAGAUCAGACACAUGGCCUACCAGAUCUGCAUCGCUGUCAAGUUUCUCCAUGACAACAAGCUGACACACACGGACCUCAAACCCGAGAAUAUCCUGUUUGUCAACUCUGAAUUCACGGUCACGUAUAACCCCGAGAAGAAGAGAGAAGAGCGUUCAGUGAAGAACACGGCUGUGAGGCUGGUGGAUUUUGGCAGUGCCACGUUUGAUCACGAGCAUCACAGCAUUAUCGUUUCCACGCGACACUACAGAGCACCGGAGGUGAUUCUGGAGCUGGGCUGGAGUCACCCGUGUGACGUGUGGAGUAUCGGCUGUAUUCUGUUUGAGUAUUACUGUGGAGACACACUCUACCAGACUCAUGAUAACAGGGAGCAUCUGGCCAUGAUGGAGCGAGUACAUGGACCAAUUCCUUCCAGAAUGAUCCGAAAAACAAGAAAGCAGAAGUAUUUUUACAGAGGUCGUUUGGACUGGGAUGAGAACACUUCAGCAGCACGAUACGUGAGAGAGAGCUGUAGACCACUCAGACGGUAUGUGUCGAGUGAGUCAGAGGAGCAUCAUCAGUUCUUUGAUUUGUUGGAGGAUUUGUUGGAAUUUGAUCCGGAACGCCGUGUGUCUCUCUCCACCGUGCUGCGCCAUCCGUUCUUCAGUCCAAUCCGAGACGCUGAACACUUCACCAGCAGCGGCCGUAACAUCAGCCGGUGACCUCUGACCUCUACGUCCCCUUUAGGCUGUUCCUGUCUCAGAGCCGAGCACACUGAAUGGAGGACGUUCUUUGGUCCUUCCUGGCGGUUCUGUUUGGAUCUGCUAGAUUCUCUGGAACUGCAUGGAAAUGGAGUUCAGAACAGCUGUGAUUGACACUUUGGUUAUCCAAUCAGAGUUUAGCUCCCAAUGAUGUAUGAAGUAAUGAUGGAGGGACACACUGGAUGCAUUCUCUGCUCAUUGCUGAUUGGUGCAUUUGAGCUCAGGGACAGCCAGUAGAUUCAGACUGACAGCUUGACAAGCUCCCUGAUUGGUCUACCUUCCUUUGACGGACAGCUUCACUCUGCCAUAAGGCGGGACUUGGAGAGGAACCUCUUAAAGUUGAUUUGGGAUCGUCGUAGAAGCGUUCAGCCAACACACACACACACACAAUUACAUUUACUAGGUUAUAAUAAUAUCUACCUUGGAUUUCAAGUAUUGCACAUAUUAUGGUUCCCAGCAGAAAAACACACAUAUUUAUUUUAAGAGUUUUGUGUUGUUUUGUAUGAGAUGAAUAUAGUUGUAUAUAAAGUAAAUGUUCUCUAUAAUAAAACAUGUUUCAUAUGAA